AUGGGCAGCACGGAAGCGCUCUUUUCAGCGUCUCUCAUCUCAUCAGAGAUUUCUGGUUCCUUUCCUACUGACUUCACCAUCCGCCCAUUAGAGAAGGGAGACUACGCAAAAGGCUUCCUGGACUGCCUGCGCGUCCUCACAUGGAUGGGCGAAGUCAGCGAGGCCGAGUUCAACGAGCGAUUCGACGAGAUGCUAGAGGCGAAAGGCACGUACUACUUCGCGGUAAUCGAGCAUGCGGGGCGGAUCAUCGGAACGGGGGCCUUAGUUGUCGAGAAGAAAUUCAUACACCAGCGCGGCAAGUGCGGACACAUCGAGGAGAUCUCGAUUGCAAAGGAGCACCAAGGCAAGGGGCUCGGGCUGAAGAUGAUCCAGACCCUGGACUCUGUAGCAAUUAAUCUGGGAUGUUAUAAGAAUAUCUUGAAUUGUGGAGCAAAGAACGAGCCGUUUUAUGUCAAGUGUGGAUAUAAGAGCUCGGGGAUGGAGAUGUCGCAUUACUUUGAGGAGGAGCGUGAUGAGUAUCAUCGAGGAUAA